UAUUGAUGAAGGAAAUUAAGACGAUUAAGGACGAAAGUAGCCCUCGAAGGGUCUAUUUCUCAGCCUAUAUAGAGCAAGUGCUUCCUCCCGUUUUUAGAAUACUGGCGACACACCUAAAUCUGUUGUUUAAUUAGCAAUUUAAUCAGAAGAAAUAGAAGAAGGGAAAAAUGGGAGACAGCACCAUGACAUGUAUAGACAUUCUUCUGGCCAUCAUCUUGCCUCCCCUUGGUGUUUUCUUCAAGUAUAAAUGCCAGAUGGAGUUCUGGAUCUGUGUUUUGCUGACUCUGUUUGGAUGGCUACCUGGUAUUAUCUAUGCUAUUUGGGUCCUCACCAAGUGAUUGAUCAUCAUAUGGAGAAUAUAUGAAGACCACUACUAAUAAAUAUCUUCAUAUUCGUUGAUGGAGUGUCUACCUGUUUUCUAUUUUGUGAUCUUCCCAGUUUGACCCCUCUAUAUUUAUUAGUAUUCCUUUUUGGUUUAUUUCUCUUGUGUAUUUUUCAAUAGAGAAAUCUGGAUGGAUAGAUAGAUUGAUUGUUGAUGAUAAUAUUUACGGUGUUAUUAGGUAUUACUAUUGCAAGUCAUUCGGGAUUGUAAUGUGACUUUCAUUCUGUAUUUUAUUGGACGUAUAUACUAAUAAUUGCAUAAUAUUGUCAUA